AUGGAAGCCCGCAUUGUCUCCAUCGAGUCCCAGCUCCAGAGCCUUGCCCAGAUGCAGAAGCUCGUCGUCUCCGCCCUCGGCAGCAGGCCCUCCUUCUCUCUGCCCGCUGGCCUGAACUUCUUCUCUCAGUGGGAGGAGCAGGUGUCUGAGGUCGAGUCGGCCGUGGCCGAGGCCCGUGAGGAGCUCAAGGUCCCCAAGGCCAUCGGCGCCUUCCCCGAUUCGGGCAUCGCCACUCCCGAGGAGGAGCCCAGCGCCGAAGAGCUCGAGAAGCUCGCCAGCAACAUCCUCGACAUCAUCCAGCGCUACGGACAGCACCUCGCGCCCAAGGACGGCGACGACCAAGAGGCCUCGUCGGGUUGGCUCGGCAAGUCCAUGUUCAUGGGCAAGGUGCUCGAGCAGCUCUCCAAGCACCAGGCCAUCCGCAUGAUCCUGCCUGCCUUCCCCUGGAAGAGCAUCAACCAGACGGACAAGGUCACGGGCAAGCUCCCCGACCUCGGCGAGGAGCUCGCGCUCGCACGCCUCAACCAGCUCUGCGAGGACAUCAAGGCCGUCUACCCGCUCGGCGGCCAGAUCCACAUCGCCACCGACGGCCUGCUCUUCGACGACGUGGUCGGCAUCCCCGACGAGGACACGUGGAACUACAGCGAGGGUCUCAUGGCCAUCGUGCGCGAGAGGGGCUACGCCGACAACAUCAAGCUCCUCCGGGCCAUGGACAUCCUCGGCUUCACCGACCCCGAGAGCAAGCCCCUCGACCGGGAGACGUACCUCUCCCUCACGCAGCAGACGCGCGACGAGCUGAUGACGCGCUACGGGCGGACCGAGGAGGAGGUCCGCGAGAUGAUGCGCGACGACAACGACACGCUCCUCACGUACUGCGGCUUCGUCCGCUUCCUCGAGACGGACCUGCGGCACAGCGCGGUGGCCAAGGAGGCCAGCUCGGGCAACAAGUACCGCAAGAUGGUGAAGGCGCGGGCGAUCCAGAUGAUGCUGCGGGCCGAGAGCUUCACCAAGCUCCUGCAGGACCUCUGCCCGGACUACGUGCGCCUGUCGAUCCACCCCAGCACCGGCGCGGUCAAGCUCAGCGUCCCGCUCAUCGUCACCGGCACCGGCGAGUUCCCCCGCACCCCGUGGCACAGCAGCCUCGCCGUCGCCCGGGACGGCUCCUACAGCACCGUGCACAGCAAGGACGUCCGCGACACGCACGUCUUGGUCGCCCGCGACGACGAGGCGUGCUCGCCCUACUACUUCCGCGAGCGCUCCGGCGUGUGGGACUGGGAGGAUGACGAGGUCGUCUUCGAGCCCGUCUGCCCCAACCGCAUGGUCGUGCGUCCGAGCAAGAAGGUGAACGGGCUCAAGAGCCUGAGUGCGGAGCAGCUGGAGAAGCUCAAGCAGCUGCGGGCUGUGCACACUGCUGGCCCCGUUGAGGUGGUCGGCUUCGCGAACGCUGCAUCGGCCAUCUGA